AUGUUCGCUCCUUCACUCUCUGAAGCCAAAACCACUGAGUAUGCCACCUACUACUCAUCCAACUCAGGUCCAAUAGAUGACCUCUUCAUCAUCCUGAUACUUAGAUUCCUCCAAAGAGUGAUGGGUUUGAAUGAGUCACACCUAGAUGUCUGGAUCAUGAACUAUUUGAUCAUGACUGACAACACAGCACAGGUCAAGGAAGGAUUGUCCCAACUUCGCCACCAGUUCCAUACUUUGGAUAAGUACAAAAAUGGUUGCAAUGGUCUGUUGUUUGAACCAUUGAAGAUCAAUGAGCAAGUUGAUACACUCUAUGGAUUGAUAUACAGUGCUGCCAAUGUACUCAAAAUCGCUCUUCCAAUACUAUGGCCACAUGAAGUAUUGGACAAUGUCAACAUCCACUUGAUGUGGUAUGCGGCCAUACAAAGAUUGGACCAAACACCCAACCAUCCUGAUGCCUCGUCCAUUCAUCGCCUCAACUUCCUAUUCGACAGCACCCCUAUACAACCAUUGAUAUCAACCAAUCACAUCAUCAAGUAUGAUUAUCUCAAGAAAGAGAUCAUGUCCACUCAAUAA